UGCGCCAAACGAACACUGCGCUUUCCUGACCAGAGUGUGUUAGCCCUUCAAACCUGUUGUCUGCAACACUGGCGAUGUGCCAGUUUGGUGCUGCUUGCUGUUUUAAUUGAUUUUCACCGGCCCGCUAGCGCGAACUGCUCUGUUGCUGGGCUGAACGAAUAUAAUUAAUGGCUAGCGCCAGUUAAAGUUAGCGUGCAGCCCUGGCGGAGCAACUAUUGGCAGUUGUACAGGGAAUGAAUCCGACCUGUGAAAAGCACCAGCAAUGGAACAACAUGGGAGAGAGAAUGGGCUCCAAGAGUCUUGGCUGUGCUGGAAGUCUUGGUGGAAGAAAUGCAAAGUGGGAGUGAUGCCUUGUAUCUGCAUAACCUCUUCCGGACAGUGCUCUGAAGACAGUGAAAGUAUGGGUGUCAGUGCAAGCAGGUGGGUCCUGAGGACCGGGACGUGUGCAAGAAGUUGUCAAGAUAAAAUUACAGGUGGUGAGAGGGACAGUAUACCAAAGAUCAAGACAACAGAGUUGAGUGUUAGUGGUCAGCAGUCUCCUGUUUUGGAGGCUGAGGAUAUAUCCGAUGCAAUGAUCAAGAAUGAGAAAGAGAGUGAGCAGGACCAAAAUCUGUCAAAUAAGCAGGAUCUUUCUGAUUCCAAACAGAAGAUGAAUGUUUGUGAGAAUAACCACACACAAAUUCAAUUGGUGGCUUGGCCAACCAACAUUGGGCAAGUUACUAUUCAUAAUGCAAGCAUUACUGAUGAGUGUAAUUAUGGCAAGGAGAGGAUGUCUGUUUGUGAAACAAAGUCAGCUGUCAAUAUUGAAAAGGUGCAUGAAAAAUUCGAGCAUAAAGAUGAAGUUCUUGAUCUAGUUUCAGCAAUUGAUCAGAAAUUCAGUAGAACAGAUCAUCUAAAUAUCAGUGACGUGACUGAUGAUAUCUGUGAAAGUAAUGUUGGCAUGAGUGAGUUGAAAUGCAUUAAAACUGAAAUGGAAAGAGAAGAUAAAAGAAAAUUCUUUCAUGAGCAACAGGUUAAUGCUGAGCCAGAAAGAACAAAUAUAAACUCAGAGCCUGAAAAUAUUGCCAGGAAAGUUGCUGCAGUGUCUCCCUUGCCCCUCAACAACAUCUCUGUGAAUUUUAAUGUUCACUAUAUUACUAGUUCAAGUGCUCAGAUCCUUGCAGUGACAGGAAACCACGAAUGUCUAGGGCAGUGGGAGAAGUAUGUACCAUUGAAACCAAACAAGGAUGGAUUCUGGUCCAGUCCCAUUCUGCUUCCAGUGAAUUCCAGGAUUGAGUGGAAAUAUGUGGUGGUGGAAGAUGGAAAGAUCUGCCGGUGGGAGGAAUGUUUCAAUAGGGCACUGGAGACUGGUCACGAAGAUUUUGAAGUAUACCAGUGCUGGGGUUACCAUUGAAUCGCAAGUUGGAGCAGCGUAAUGUCCAAAAAGUGCACGGGUCAGUACUGCAGGAUGGAAUUAAAAUUGGAGCUUUGAGUUCACUUAACUGACUGCUUUCAAAAGGGAACCAUACUUCAGUGAUUAUCUAACCCUCUCUUUCAAUUGUCAUAAUUUGUAGCAGUUAACAUCUGUUAGCUGUUUCUUCUAGUCUUUCUAUUUCUGUGCUUCAAUUUCAGAUUAUAUGGACUGCCAGGAUUUUCAGUGUUAAAGGUUGUCAGUCUCUAGGUAACAGUUUGAUGCUGCUGUGAUGUGCUUUGCACUGUCAUUUCCUCUUCCUUUGGAAGAGGAAGAUUACUAUGUUAAUCAGCAAUGUAAAUAAGCAUAGAAUAUUCAAAUAUUUACUGUAAAUUUUAAUGAGCAAUAUAACAAUUACUGCAUGAGGUUAUAAUCACUCUAAUUCUGAACUAUUUUUACUUUAGUCACUUUCCCACAAAUGCAGAUUAAUUUAAUGAAAGUUACAUAUAGGAUUUCAGUGAAUUUAUAUUUUUCAGGUGAAAGGGUACUGAGCUUUUGCAUAAUAUUAGUAUACUGACUGCCACCGGCCCCCCCCACCCACCACCAAACUAAGAUGUUAUAGGAAAACAAAGCUAUUUAAGUGCAAUUCAAAAAUCUAAUGUCAUACUUCUAUGUAGAAUAGACAGUAAAGGAACAGCAUCAGGAUCUGUAGAUUGUCAUUAAAAUAAAAGCUUUUUGGAGGGGGGGGAAUAAAAAACGAGCAUUCCGAUCAGGUUUGGAUGUUUUGCAUCUUCCUAACUGAAGGAAUACUCUUGUUGAAGAGGGGUGGUUUAACACUCAAUAUGUUUAAAAAUUGAUUAUUUGAAAUUUGAGCUUUUAACUUGCUUUGCAUGUUGUGAAUCAACUCUUAUUUAGCCCUUUGAUCAUGUAAAUCUACAAUAUACUGAAUUGUCAAAAUGUGCUACCUCUUGUAGUGCAAUGAUGAUACUAUUCAUAUUUUGAAUAUAAUUUCUGCUUCUAAAUUAAAUACCAACAAGGACAAAACAGUAUACGACACCACAAUAUAUGAAACCUGUAGUUCAGUCCCCCCUAAAGUUAUGAAAUUAGGUCUUUUUCUGAAGUCCUGCAUGGAACUAAUGUGAAUAAUCUCAGAUCCGCUAGUGCUCAAAUCAGACCCAGUGGGGUUGUUGAGAUUGGAGUUCAAAUAAAUCUGGUAUUGAAUAGGGAGCAGAUUUACUUGGAUUUGAGAAGUGUUUGCAGCCUUGGGUCCUGGGACAGAAUGUUUGAUUCCUCAUUUAGCAGAAGCUAAAUUCUUUAAACUCAUUGGGAGAUAAUUUUGUGUACACAAUUCAGGAAAUUUUAACUGUUUUUAGCCAGAAAACACUACAGGGAAAUAGCCACAGUUCUAGUGGUGGAAAAAUAUAAGCUUCCCUUCUGACACACUAAAUAAACUUCUGAGUAAACCAUUUAUACUUGCCUUUCGUUAAAUUUAAAUUUCCCUUUUUGAAUAAUAGAAGUUUAAUUUGUGGCCAUCUACUAAAUUUUAAUCUGACUGGAGGAACGAAGCUUUGGAUGGUGACUUUCUUAUAUCUUUGUCAUAGUGAUAUAUCUAGUUUAUGUACACUUACAAUGCCUUUUUUUUACUGUCUUCAGAGAAUUGAGUGUCCUUUUUAAAUUCACAACAACCAAGGUUUUCCAAUUUCUCACUGCACCCAGAUCACUUCAAGGUGACAGAUUAGACUGAUUUCUGCAUAUGCAUUAGUUAAAUUAUGUAAACCCGAACUGAGAAAUUGUCAACAUGCCUGUAUUUUUCCCAUCAGCAGUCAAGAACAUAUUCAGUGGUGCAUCUCGCACGUACCACAAUUGAAACUAGUGAGUUACAACUCAAGUCUUACCAACAUUGGGUCUUGAGAGUAGUAUGAUGAAGUGGUAUGAAUCUUUUGUCUGCAGUUCUGAAGAAUGGGGUAAAUUCUGAACAUGUCAUGCCUAUCAGGAUUAUGGCCUGAAGGUUUCCAACUAUAUACCUUUCUUUCUCCACCAACCCUAUGCAUAUACUUUUAAAUGCUCUCCUCCUUAGCAAAGGAUGGACAAGACUAGUUGAAAGCUGGUCUUUUUCAGCCAAUAACUAGCUUCAUUUGGGCAUCUUUUUAUCUACUGAUGCUGGAGUCCUGUUUUCCAUUCCAUAUCACUUUCCCAGAAGUGUGUUCCACAGCAACCUAAAAAAUCACACAUUUCUGCCCACCCCUCGAGCAUUUAGCAAGUAUACUCAGGCAUAGUUUAUUAUUUUCACUAAUUAUUCCUGUUCAGAUGUUAAAUCUGUACUGAAAUUUCAUAUGGCCUUAAGACAUUUGUUCUAAUUUUGUGUACAUGAACUGGCUAAGAGCUGAGUCUGUAGUUUUUUUUUUUGCUUGUAAGAUUUUCUGUGGAAUUAAAGUGGUCUUGCCAAAAUUGUUAAAUUCCACAGAUAGCUGGCUUUUACUGGUAGUCAGAAUAUCUUAAAAGAAAAUGGAAGCAUAGGUCAUUUCAGUUUCCUGUACAAAUUUUAAUCUCCCAGAUAUCUAAUUACAUAGGGGUAGAUUGAAUAAAAUAGGUUUCACAAGGUAUUAAAUAGCAGCAGAUUUUAUUUUGUGUACUGCAGCAAGUCAAAACCCAUACAUGGUAAAGAAUAAAAUGCAGAAACAUGGACUUCACUUCUUUAGCAUUUUCUCUCUGUCUUUUACUCUCUUUAUCCUCUUCUCUUGGUUUCUGAUCAUGGAAGACAUUUCUGUAAAUCAAACAUUUUAGAUUCUGUAAUGGUUCUGAAGCAUUAAAUUGUAUUAACUUGAACAAAACCCUGAAAAAUAAACUGAUUACAUACAAA